AUGUCUGAAGAGAUUCCCCAUCACUUCUCUAUGUCACAUGUUCCUCGGGACAACUUUUACAUCAGCAGAAACGCAGCAGCUCCUCUCAGCCUGAAAAACCUUCCAGUGCCGGUGCACAGGCCCUUUCCUCUGACUCAUGGAACAACAACCCUGGGUUUCAUCUUUCAAGGUGGGGUAAUUGCAGCAGCAGAUACUCGCGCUAGUGCAGGAGGACUCGUCGCCUGUCCGGCUGUCCAUAAGAUCACCCCAAUUCACUCCCACUUAGUGGUCACCUCCUCAGGCAGUGGUGCAGACUGCCAGCUGUGGGAGCGUAUUCUGAUCAGAGAGAUCAGACUCUACCAGCUGCGGCACAGGCGUCGCCUCUCAAUACGGGGCACCGCCAAGCUUCUGUCUUUCAUGCUUCAUCCCUUUAAAGGCACAGACGUGUGCGUGGCUCUCACCCUGUGUGGCUGGGAUAAGGAUGGUCCCCAACUCAUCUACGUGUGCAGUGAUGGGGCCCGACUCCAGGGACAGGUCUUCUCUGUGGGUUCUGGGUCUCCUUAUGCCUACAGUGUUCUGGAUGGGAGUCUGAGUUGGAGCUUGAGUAAGAAAGAAGCCAUUUCUUUGGCAAGAGAAGCUGUGUUCAGAGCCACUCACAGGGAUGCCUACUCAGGAAACAACGUAGACAUUUUCCAUAUUACAGCUCAGGGAUGGAGCCAAAGACAGAGGGAGGACCUGAAAGAGGAAUAUUACAGAGACAUGGAUAAAAAAGUUCAAAAUCAAGAGGAACGAAAAAGUGGAACAACAAAAGAUAUGAAAUGA